AUGCGUGCGGAAGAGUCGGAAAGACGUUGUCGGCAGCUGACGUUGUUGCAGAGUCGCCUGCGCGAGAUUGUGGCGGAAGAGGAGGAGAUGUCCAAUGCCGUCUCUGGCGUCAUCGAUGCCCGCUGGAUGCGCUUUCUGCGUGAAUGCAAACAGCGUGAGCUUGUGGCCGAAAUCGAAGUACUACGGCGGACGUUUGAGGCGACGCUGGACAGAAAGAAGGGCUUUUCCACGACGCUUCUAGAGGAGUUGAGUGUGGCGGAGGAGCAGUGCAGACACGCCUUUCGUUCUCACAUGGACGUCGUCAGCUCUCUGCUUCAGCUGCACGCGGCACGCACGAAGGACCUGGAGGCAGAUCUUGAUGCCAACGUCGCGGAGAUGCAGCAAGACUUCGAGUAUGAGAGGGCCGAGCUGGAACUGAAGCACAUGAUUGAGAUGGACGACCUGCGGCUAAUCCUGGACAACAUGGCGGCCGAGGCGGAGAUGCUGGAGAAGAAGCUGCAGGAGGAAACGUCUGAGGGUCACGAAACGGCUGCCGAGAAGAUGGACGAGGCGAUGAGGGAGAUGGAAGCAGACCUUAACAAGGUCGAGGAUGGUCUCCGUGGCGAGCUGGACUCGCGCUACAAGAAGUUCAUGUCUGCUGCGCAGGCAAACAUGAAGGAGUACACGGCGAAGUGUAAAGAGGACCAGGAGACGACGGAGCGUAUUGCCGCCCAGUUGCGCAAGAUUGAAAAACUGCAAAGCAGCGUCUCGUCGUGGCGCACCAACAUCGCUCGCAAUGCAAAAGAGUGGGAGGAUCGCAACGCAGCUAUCCAGGCCGAGCGAGACGCAACACUGAGUCACCUGAAGAAACUGAAGGAUAAGAUGCAACGGUGGAGGGAGCUGCAAUCUAAAGCACUCGUCGAACUUGUGAAGGAGGCAAACGCGACAGAGGAGGCGCUGCAGGCGACCUCGAAGCGAGCGGUGCGUCUUCUGCGGCUCGUGGAGCUGUGCAAGCCGAUGGAGACGGAGCGGGAGCAGGUGCUCUUGCACGAGGCGAACAUUUCAUCUGCGGCAGUCGAAGCGGAAACAAAGAGGCGUGUGGCCGCCGAGAGCUCUGGGAACGCACAGGAUGAUGUCCUGCGAGGCGGCGACGCCGCACCUGCUGCGAAUGAGCAGUGGCUGUCGCUGGACCGCUUCUGGGUGAAGCACAACAAGGUGGUGCUGGACAAUGCGGCGUUGACGCAGGAGCGCUUUCUUUUGGAAGAGGAGAACCGAGUAUUGCAAGAGGUUCUCAAGCAGUACUUAGAUGACGUGUCCAUUAGCGAUCAGGUGAUGCGUCAGAGCAACACCCUUCUUCUCACCCAGGGAGCCAACUACAACGUUGUCCAGGCCGCCAACGCGAGCGACAACAGCGUCGUGAGAGGCUACAACGUCAUCGAAGGUAACAAAUUCGUAAACGACCAGAGUCGUCAAGCCAUCAGUCAUUAG